AUGGCGCCGGGUUGCGCCGGGAGUCCGUCGACGACGGUGGGCGCCGUUCGCUGCUGGGGGGCGACGUCGGGAGACGCGGGCGGCGCCACGGGCGGCGGCGGCGGUGGUCAUUUCGUGGGAGGCGUCGGCCUUGCCGGCAGCGCCAGGGGAAGCAACUCCGGCAGCAGCGGCGCCGGCGUCGUCAGCGGCGUCGUCAGCGGCGGCGUCAGCGGCGGCGUCGGGGGCGGCCGCUUUGUCGAAAGCGGAAAUGCCAGCGGCCUCGUCAGCAUCGGCCACUUUGUCGGCAGCAGCGGCGUAAGCGGCCUCGGCAGCGCCGGCGCCGGCGUGCCGAGCGGCGUCGGCCACCCGAUGGGAAGCACCGGCCUCGGCAGCCGCCGCAGCGCCGGCGACAGCAUCUUCAGCCUCGGCAGCUGCCGCAGCGCCGGCGACAGCAUCUUCAGCCUCGGCGGCGCCGGCGGAGGCGUGCCGAGCGGCGUCGGCCACUUGGUGGGAAGCGCCGGUCUCGGCGGUCCCGGGAGCGCCGUCGCAGGCGGCCUCGGCAGUCGAGGCGCCGGCGGGAGCGUAUUUGGCGCCGGCGGCGCCGCUUCAAACAGCCUCGGCAGCAUAAAGCAUUUGGUCGGAAGCGGCGCCGGCGGCGGCGCAAGCGGCCUCGGCGUUGGCGGCGGCAGCGGCGGGAGCAACCUCGGCGGAGGCGCAAGCGGCGGGCGUCUGGCCAGGGGCACGAGCCUCGGCGGCGCCGGCGGCGUCGGCCACUUGGUCGGAGCCAACUUCGGCGUCAGGGAAUGCGGCCGGGAGCGGCUUCGCGGCUCCGGCGGGCCGGGCGACUGCGGCGGCCUCGGCACCAGAAUGUCUCACUUGGUCGGCGGCGCCGGCGGCGGCAGCGGCUUCGGCGUUGCCUCGCGGGGAGCGCCAGGCGGCGGCAGCGGCGUCGGCGGCACCGGCAGAAGCGCAGCGGAGAGCCUGGGGAGUCUGCUGGGGAGCGCCGGCGCGGUUUUCAGCGACCGGAUGGCGCCCGAGCUGCCCGCCGGCGUGCAGACCAGCGGCGGCGGCGGCGCCGCCGUUCCCGCGGCCUCGUCCAUGAGCCAAGAUCUUGGCACCGGGAGGUCCAGGGCUGGCGGCGGCGGCGGUGCCGGCGCGGCUGAGAGCGGAAAGCGGCAGCUGUCGUCCACCUCGUCGUCCACCACGUCCACCACCACCUCGUCGUCGUCGUCCUCGUCGAAGAGGAGGAAGCAGGCCGGCCGUUCGGCAGAGCCGCGCUCGGACAGGAGCCGAGCGGCGUUUGACGCGAGGGCCUACGCUGACGGCCAAUGGCAAGCUGGGGAGCUGUGGGGCGACCCCUUGCCCCCUGGCGUCCGGGUCACGGAGGUCACGGCGAGGUCAGGGGUCACGGUCUCGAAGCUCGUCAUCGCCUCGCUGGAGGACAACCUCGCCGGCUUCUACCGCUGCCUCCUGCGGACGAGCGGAGGGACAGCGGUUAGCGGACCGGCCUACGUCUCCGUCAUCAACACAAACUCCUCCGCCCACGUAUCCCCCAUCCGCGUCUCCGUGGCAACCGGCUCCUCGCUGGUCCUCGGCUGCCUGCACCCCGGCAACAACAACAACGACAACAACAACGACGACAACAACAACAACGACGGCGGCGAGGAUUCCGAUCCGCGUUCCGUCUCCGCGUGGAUCGGUCCCGGCGGCACCGCCGUGCCGGCGUUGUUGGCGUCUCCGCGCGGCAGGAUGAGGAUGAGUGACGUGCGGAGGAGCGACGGGGGUCGCUACGUCUGCCGCUCGACCGGCCCGCCGCCGGCGGUGGUGGUGGACGAGGUGGUCUACCUCGUCAGCGUGGCGGACCCCCCCCUCCCCGCGUCCCCUCUGCAGGAGUUGUCUACGGCUCCGAGUGCGGUGGCCGUGGUGAGCUGCGGCGGGGUGGGAGGUCGCGACCUCUUCCCUCUCCGCUGGCUCCGCGACGGGCGACCCCUGACCCCCGACCCGCGGCUGGACGAGGGUCGCGGCCUGCUGACGAUCGCCGGCGUGCGGGAGGGCGACUCCGGCGUCUACCAGUGCCUGGUGGAGCGGGGGGACCUGGAGGGCGGGAGCCUCACCAGAGUCACAGUGAUCACCGGUCGCGAACCCUCCAUCGCCACAUCAUCAUCAGCAGCAUCAUCAUCAUCAUCAGCAGCAUCAUCAUCAUCAUCAGCAGCAUCAUCAUCAUCAUCAUCAUCAUCAUCAUCAGCAGCAUCAUUAUCAUCAGCAGCGGCGUCGACGCCUCCUCCGCCUCCCGCCGUCUCCGUGGCGACGGCCAAUCAGAGCGCGGCGGGGGCGGCCCCGAGGGCUCAAGCCACGGCGCCCGAGGCCCCCAUCAUCUUGAGUCCGACGCGGACUCACCGGCCGGACUCGUACCUCCUGCAGUGGAUGCCGGGCUCAUCGUCAUCAUCGUCGUCGUCAUCAUCGUCGUCGUCGUCGUCGUCGUCCGAGUCUGGUGGUGGUGGUGCCAACGCCGGUUCCUCCUCCGUGCUCGACUUCCUGAUUCGCUACCGGGAGCUCUCCGAGGACGGCUCUGUGGGCGGCCGCUGGCUCACGGUGCGCGUGCCUCCCGACCAGCGCGAGUUCUCGCUGUCGCAGCUGCGUGCGGCCAGCCUCUACGAGGUGGAGGUGCUCGCACGCAGCAGCCUGCGCGCAGACGGCCAGGCCGCCAUGUUCACCUUCCGCACGGGGAGAGAGCGAUCCCCCAAGUUCCCGGCGAUUGGCACCCACGUGGUGGGAGCUGGACAGACGAAGAACGACUCCAAGCACGGAGCGACAGAGGACGGGGGACACACAGUCCCAGAGGCCCCGGACCGACCCACGGUGGCGAUGGCGUCCGACUCAUCGGCCUACGUGACGUGGAUCCCUCGCGCCAACGGCGGCUCCCCCAUCACCGCGUUCCACGUGGAGUUCCGGCGGCUGGGGGGCGGGGGGGGGGGCCCCCCCCAACACUCGGGCGGGGGGGGGCCGGCGCCCGGCGGGGGGGUGGGGGCCGCCCCCCCCCACCACCACGCGGCGGGGGAGUGGACGGUGGCCGCCAAGGGGAUCCCUCCCUCCAAGCUCUCGGUGGAGGUCAAGGGGCUGCAGCCGGGAGCCACGUACCGUUUCCGCGUGGCCGCCAGCAACGCGUGUGGGGAGAGUGCGCGCAGCGCGGCGUCGCGAGCCUACGGCGUGGGCGGCGCGUCGGACCGCCCGUCCCCGCGUCCCGUCGCCGGCCCCUACAUCACCUACACGGACGCGCUGAGCUCCUCCAAGAUCCUGCUCAAGUGGACGUACACGCCGGAAGCGAACAACAACACUCCGAUCCGGGGCUUCUACAUCUUCUACCGACCCACGGACAGCGACAACGACAGCGACUAUGCUGAGAACGUGGCUGACAGCGAGAUGCGCCACCACACGAUCCACUCGCUGCUGCCCGAGACGUCGUACGACAUCAAGAUGAGGGUGUACAAUGACGGUGGCCAGAGCGAGUUCAGCAACGUCAUGAUCUGUGAGACCAAGGCCGCCCGCAAACCCCACAGGGCCCACUCCCCGCGGCCCCCCACCCACCGCGACCACCAUCACCACGACAACCGUCACCGUGACGACGACGACGACGACGACGACGAGGAGGAGGAGGACCGCGGCGAGCGGCCGUCUCCCAAACCGUCGCCGCCGUCCCCCGAUAAAGACAACAACAACAACGGUGGUGGUGGCGGUGGUGGCGGCGGUGGCGGCGGCGGCGGCGGUGGUGGCGGUGAGCGGAGCGGAGGCGCCGCGGUUGGGGGAGGCGCCCUGCUCUACCUGCUGCUGGGCCUGCUGCUGGGCCUCAUGGUUCUCACCGUGCUCGGAUUCGUCGCGCUCCGAGGGUGGAAGGCUCGCAGCGGCGCGCGGGCACACGGCAACGGCGUGGGGGGUGCCGGCGGUGGCGGCGGUGGCUGCGUGGACGAGACUCAGCUGACCGAGCUGAGCGGCUACGAGUGCCGCCACGUCUACGAGAGCGCCACCUGCAACGGCCUCUACCCACACGGAUACGACACGCACGCGGACAUCGACUUCACUGAACUACCCCAGGAGGAGAGCCGGAGUGAUGGCCGGCCGACGGGGAGGGCUCCGCGCAGCCUGGCCAACGGGGUCGGAGGUCAAGGGUCACACGAGACUUCACCUCUCAACUCUCGAAGAACAAACGACGAGGAGGAGGAGGAGGACGAGGAGGAGGAGAUCCCCACGACGGAGGAGCAGAGGGCCCCAUCACGGAGCUCCGCAGACCCAACCAUCGACUCGUUAGGGGACACAGACACAGAGCCAGGCGACGGCCUCCCAACCGCGGACAGCGACGGCGAGAGGAGGGGCGGUGUGUCCUGCGACUCGGGCCUAGCGACGCAGGCCUCAUCCUCCCCCUCGCCUGGGCACAGGCCCCCGCUGCUACAGGAGGAGGCCGAACAGCAGCAGCAGCAACAUCAACAACAACAACAGCAGCAGCAGCAUCAGCAGCACCAGCAACAGUGAUCCCGCGAAAGCCCCAGGUGUCUCUCUCGUACAGAAACCUCCCAAAGGGCCAUCUUUGUACCCACUGGUGGCCAUUUUUUGUACCGCGGGAACCCGUUUUUUUUAGCACCGCUGGUGGCCACUUUUAUUUUUUACAUUAUAGUAAAAACGGCGGCCGUAUUAGCGCUGUUUGGCGGCCACAGUAGGUUUGUUGUCUUCCGAUAUCUGAAGGCCGAAGAUGCAUUCGCAGUCGCGCGCACUCCAGCAGGAUUGCUUCAAACGUUGCCUUCGCCUUGUGGCGACGUUUUCUCGGGUUUGUGCCGCGAUGGCCUAUUCUUUUUAAUUCCUGUUUUUAAGCGGCAGAAUUUUAGCAAACCUGACGGCCAUUUUGGUACCGCUGGCGGCCAUUAGCACCGAUGCCGGCCAUUUUGUUUAUUUCCCGUGGCCAUUUAAUACCGCUGGCAGUCAUUUAAGGCCGUUUUUCCUUAUCGGAUUGGAGCAGGGUUGUUGCCGCUUCUGAGGUACACAAAAAAAAAACCCGGGUACAUAUCAUGGGAAGAUGGAGAAGAGGAAUAUCUCACAAUAGCGGAAGAGGGGAAAACAGCACUACAUGUGAAUGCGGAUUAUUGUUCUUGUUAUGAAGCAACUGAGAAAAAAAAAACACCGGGACUUUGAAUGUCCCAGGAAGACUGAAAGAUCUUCCCAGGACCUCAGCUGCCCGGCUCAACAAAACGAAGUCCCUGGAAAGGCCAUGAUGGGUGGCAAACCCACUCGCUCGCUAGCUCGAUUAUUCACCCACUCACUCAUCCAGUCACUAAAUCACCCACCCGCUCACUCAUCCACCAAGUCACCUACUUCAUUCACCUGUUCGCUCAUUGUAACCCACUUACCCAGCCACCAACUCAUCCAUACAUCCACCCACUCACUCGUCAGCUUACCAAUUCACUCAACCACCCCCUGGAAGACUGACGGAUUUCCCCCAGGACAG